UAUAUAAAUAUUGCGUAGAUCGGAUCGCGUGGUUGGCGUGUCUUAACUCGGAGUAAGUCGGAGUCGGUGCGAUCGGUGUCGAGGAGUAUAAUCGAACCCGCAUUAUUCCGUACGUUACGAGUUCGGCGCGUCGCGUCGAACGUGAAGCGUAGCGCGCGUGCGGCGGCGCGCACUACAAGCGGAGCGGAACGAGACACGUUAUAGCGGGCCGGGGCGCAUCGAGAGCUAGAAGCAAAGCGGAGCGGUGCCGGAGCAAAGCGUGCGUUGCCGUGGCGUGGCGUGGCGUAGCGUCGCGCGUCGCUUCUUCGCGGCACGUGCGUGUUUAUACGAGCGUCUAACGAAGCGACAAUGGCCGCGGACUGCGUGGCGGACGGCGAUUACCUCGGCGAGUAUUCGCGAUUCUUUGCCGAAUUCGUCGCCAGGGUGAACCCGGACGAUCAGCUGCCGGUGAAGGUGAGCGUUUACGACGUCAACGAGAACGAGCUCGUCGGUGAGAUCAUCAGCGUGACUCUACAGUACCUCAAUCGAAUAUACUGUCCACCAAGCUUACAGUCCUAUAUCUCACGUCUCGUAAUACAAGCGAUCAAAUCAACAUGCAAGAAACAGCCGGAAAUCUGCGGACUAAGGCAACAAGAAAAGACGUACGCGCCUUUGAAACUCAUGCAAGCCGUGACAAACGAAGUAAACGAGAUCUGCAGGCGGUAUUUAGAUAACAGCAGGCUAGCCCUCUUGCCACCGCCUUCAUCGACGCCGCAAGUGACAGUGGGUGCUAUCAGAAAUGCCAGAAGAAAAAUGGAAGACCGCCACAUGAUCUUGCAUGAUUUAAAUACCAUGUUUAAUAUUCAGGAUGACACUAUCGUGGAUUACUACGCUGUAUUCGAUGGCCACGGUGGACAAGACGCCGCGGCAUAUUGCGCAACACAUUUGCAUCAAUAUUUGGUCGAGAGUGUGCACUAUCCUACAGAUCCGGAACGUGCGUUGCGCGAUGCCUUCCUGACGACUGAUGCACAAUUCAUAGCGAAGUCGAGUACGCAGAAAUUAAAUGGUGGAACCACCGCGGUUUGCGCGUUGCUGAUAAAUAAAAAAUUGUACAUUGCUUGGGUUGGUGACUCCAUGGCUUCGCUGGUUACAUACGGCAACGUGAAACAAUUGGUCAAUCCUCAUCGACCAACGAGAGAAGAUGAGAGCGAACGGAUUCGCAAUCUGGGAGGAGUCGUCGUCCAUUGUAUGGGUAUAAUGCGAGUAAACGGAUUCCUCAGCAUAUCCCGAGCCAUUGGUGAUGUUCCGUAUAAACCGUACAUCAGCGGCGAGCCCGAGGUUCGAUGCGUACCUCUGGACGGCACCGAGGAUUUUCUCAUAAUCGCCUGUGACGGAUUGUGGGACUACGUCGAUCAGAGAACCGCGGCGCUCCGUGUCUACCGGCAGGUGCUGCAAAAUCCCUACGACCUGAAACACGUACAUCAGGCUUUGCUGCAGAGUGCUAAGCGUGCGGGUUCCUUGGAUAAUAUCACGGUAAUCGUGGUGUUCCUGACGCCGCCGAUCGAGAUCGCUUCGCGCUCGAAUCCGCUUCUGACGUAUCAAGCACCGAAUGGUCUAUUACUAAACAACAUGGAUCCGAAUAAUCCGAUCCCGUCGAAUCAUGAUGAAUUCGAUGUAAAACCGGCCUACAUCAAACAGCUGAUCGACGACGACAUGGAUCGCCCCGAUUUCGAUUUACUUUUGAAAAAUUCCGUGUGCGGUAUGACCAGGAACGGCAAGCACCGGAACGACGACGAUGCUGAAUAUGAUUAUACGGACAUAGGUCCGGAGACUGAUGUGGACGCCGGCGAGGAUGUGCAUGACAACAAUUACCCGGCCCUCGCCACAUCGUCGUCGCUCGAUCCUACCCCCGAGAGCGAGAAACCGUCGAUAGAAAUUGAGAAGUACAACAACGACGACGACGACAAGAACGACAACAACGAUUAUUCUAACCGCGAUAACGCGAACGUCUGCCCGGUGGAUUCGGUAGUAAACGAUGAUGAUCUAGACAAUCGUGUCCGACCGAAUGAUAAAGACGUUCGCGGUGCGGACGACGAAACGCUGCGCGACCACGGUGACGACGACCACGACGUCGCGCGUAUCGAGACCGCUGGCAUGCAUACUGUCGUGGACGAUGACGAGUCGCCACCCUCGCCGCGAGCUGCUAAACCUCUUCAGCAUGCACUGAUCGUAGCGGAUAAUGUAGCGGACAGCGAAGAUUCCGAGGACGAGUGGGAUUAUUAUCGUGCCGAUCCGAACAAGCAGGAAUCUGCAGUGACAGCUGUUACGGCAGACGAAUCCCGCAAAGACAUUGAGGAGCAAAGUGUACAGGAGACCGAGUCUGUCGCGGAAGCUAGCUUGGAAGUUCAGUCUUCGGGAGCAGAAGACGAUAUUAAAUGCGAAGACUCAUCGAAACUUCUCGAGCCCAAUUUUGAGAUCGACAUCGAUAUAAACGACGAAAAAGAGUUGAUCGAAUUGACUCCAAUUUAUCCAGGUAUUCUAGAGGAAGAAAAGAACAAUAUGGAUUUCCAAUUGAAUCCGGAGGCAGCAGAAUUCGUGCCGUUAUCACCACCGUUAGUAUGCAACAGAAGCAACACACGCUUGCGGGAUUUUGCCAUUAGUGGCUCUCCUCUGAAAACAACACAGACGAUGGAUGAUAUUCGUGUACCGAGCCAGAGUGAAUUCGACAAGGAAGUCUGUUGUCGACCAAAGGAGAUAGGCGAGGAAUCGCACGACGAAAAUGCAGAGCUACAGAAUAAUAGUUCACAGAGUUUGGACAUAUCCGAGAUUUCGUCGACCAAAGCCGAAAUCGGUGAUGACGAAUCCAUGAUGCAUGUAAUGUCUACCUCACAGUGGCAGACGGAUAUCUCUUCUCAGUGGAACGAAAAGGCGCAUGACGAUGCGGGUUCUGAUUUAGAAGAUGGCGGUGUCGUCACCAAGGACGAUCCUAUGGCUGUAUCGUUAACUCCAGCUAGCUUCAAAGCGUUCGAAUUGAAAGUUGAUUUGAAUGCCUUACACAUAUUGGACGAUAGUUCAGAUGGUGCUGAACAAGCGAGCACACCACCGCGUUCACCCGAGCCGUCUAUGAAGAUUACAUACGACGAGGAUCGUCCGAACACACCUUCUUUGGAGGACAAGAAUUCGAUCGAUGUCUUAUGUACAUCAACACCACAGCCUCCAGAUGAUUCUGUAUCUGUAAAUUCUGAAACUACUAACUCUGAAACAAAGAUAAACGAAAAGGAAAGUUCAUUUGAUAGCAAUCCAUUCUCGCAUGAAACAGAACUCAGCUGUACUGCGGAGAAGGUAAUCAAUAAUGUACCAGGAAUAGACAUACAAGGAUAUGAAUCCGAUGAAAACAUCCCAAAAGAACAUACGGAAACCUUCAAAGAAGUUUAUGACAUAGAAAAUUCUUCUGACACAGAAGAGGACAAAAAUUUAUGUAAAAAAGAAGAUAAUAAAGAUGCUGAAGACGCGCAAACUUUUAUUAUGAGGUCGUUGGAUGAUAGUGCAAAAAUGUUAGAAACAGAAAAUGUGGAAUCCGAAGUGUCGAAAAAUCUUCCAGAUUCAACAAGUCAUUCAGAUUUAGAUGAUGCAAUACAUACCACACAACAUUAUCUCUCAGAACAAAAGUUAUUAUCAGAAUUAGUGAGUUUAGAACACACGGUGCCAGACGAAACGUUACAGACGCAGCUAGAUUAUUGCGCUAUCAAUCUUGAAAAUAAUGUUCAAAAGUUGGAAAAUCUUAUUGAACCACUGAUCAAUACAGAAAAUCAGUCAAACCAAUCUUCUGAUUGGACAGAUUAUUGUAAAACAGAAAAGGCGAUACUACAAACUGAAAAUCCUGACUGUGAUGUAUACAAAAAUGAUUCCUUCUUUGAAAGUAAAAAACAAGAAGAUAUCGAAAAAUUGUGUGAUGAAGACAAAGACAGCGAUAAAAAUGACUUCAAACCGGACAGUACAACCGAAUUAAUAUCGUCUGACUCGAUGCACAAAUCUAAUUUUAUGGAGGAGGAGCUGCAACACGAAAACCAGAUGUUUGAAGAAUCUGUACCGAUAACAAUACUAACUAAUGAGCCAAUUAAGCAAGAGCAAAUAGAAGAAAAAACUGCGGAAUUUGUAUCGGCUAAUGUUGAUGAGGAGGUAUUAAAGGAAGAAAUUACUUUUGAAACUAUUCUUCCGAAACAGGAAGAGAUUGAAUUGCAAAAGACUGUAGAAGUUCUUGAAGAUAUCGCAACGAUAGACAAGUCGAAAGAAGUUUCGGAAGUCGCGCAAGUAUCAGUGGAAGCCGCUAUCGGUGCAACGGCGGCUACAACGAGCGCGAAACGUCCAACAAAAACUACCAUGACGAAAACAACAACGAAAACAGCAACGAAAUCGCCAACUUCGCCUUCUAAACCUAUCAGUACGAUCAUGCGAACAACUACGACGUCAUUACCAGCAUCACAAUCAACCUUGAAAAAACCUACUACAAGUACCGCGACUCGUCCUAAGCAAUUAGAAGGAUCGACUAAAACGACAGUCUCAAGCACUAGCGGUAAAACCACCAUCACAAAGACAACGGUGAUUCCCAAAAGUACGACAACAGCGACGAGAACCAGCGCUUCUCCACGGUCCGCUACAACGAGACCAAAAACUACCACCACCACCACUACCUUGUCGAAAGUGAGUACUCCAGCAUCGAUCGAGAAGAAGUCAACGGUGAGCGGUGACACGAAAUUGGCCAGUAAACCCGCCACCACGAAACCAGCGAGCACCACUGUUAGAACAACAACCACUAGCACAACCGCAAAGACACUUGUCAAAACGUCAACGGCUACAAAAACAUCAACAUCCAACAUAACGUCAAAACCAAGACCCGUGUCUGCGACUUCAGCUACUAAAUCUACAUCAACAUUAAAGCAAUCUACAACUGGCGUUAACGGUGCAUCGCGACCCAAAACUGCGCCGACUUCUGGUGGCACAACCAAGCCACGUGAAAGUAAAACGAUCACAGCCACUGGGAAGUCGCCGUUGAUUGACAAACAGAGCAAAGAGACAGUCAAUAAGCAAAUUUCUCGUUCUGGAGCAUCGGCGCCUAAGACGAGUGCUAGCUCUUCCGUACCUAUCGGUACAGUUCUUGGCACUGCAAACACACGCAAAAAAAAAGCUCUUCCGUACCUAUCGUCUACGUCAAGAACCUCCACUACUGUGACGAAGCGAAUAUCGAGUGAGGCCAAGGUAUUGCAGAAUGGAAUUUCCAAGGAGGACGCCGUCAUAACAGCAACGAAGCCUGAGGACGACGUACCGCUAAAGGAUGCGUCACCGGUGAAUAUGCCGCUCGAUAAUCAACUGAUCGCCGAUUGA